CACAAGUUCAGGGUGUACUCAGUAGUUCUGAUGACUCGCUCUCUCUUUAACACAGUAAGUCGGUGAUGCUCCACUUGUAGAGACCUCGACCACAAUGACGAAACGGUGCGUCAAAUGUGCUAGUGUAGUCGGAGAGAUGUUCCCGAUGUCACCUUGACUUUGCCAGAAUGUUUCACCGCAAGUUUAGGAUGUUUAGUCCCACUGUCGUGCCUGUUUGAGAGCGUGGGCUCGGUGCUUCGGCCGAUUCAUAGACGGUCUUUAAAUGAGCUCACGUCAUCAAGGACCUGUUCCCUAUGUCACUUCAACUUUCCCAGGACAUUUCAAGGCAGUCUUUAGGAUGUUUAAUCCUGCGGUCAUGAGUUGUAGAAAGCGUGGGCUGGUUGUCUUAGCUUUACGAACUCUCCUGUUCAGUUUGUCGAGUGCUGCGGUUGUGUUCCGAGACAGUCCCGAGGAUCUUGUCCUCGCGGCCGGUAACACAGCCGUCUUGCGCUGCAGCAUCCAGGCAGGUGGCGGGGAGAGAGACACGGUGAAAUGGAUGCACCUGGAGUCCGACCAGGUUCUGAGCAAAAAUGGUAGGAUCACAACGCCUGCACAGGAGAAAUACUCCGUGGUGGGGGACCACGAGGCGAACGGGGAGUAUCACCUGAGGAUUAUAGGCGUCCAACUCACCGACCGAGGAGAAUACCGUUGCAUGUGUGGCUCUGAGUACCGGUCCGCUAUCCUAACCGUAGUGGUCCCCCCAGACACCGGGUACCCGCUGUGCCAUGUCCAACCCAAUCCAACGCAGCAACAACCAGGGAGAAUAGCGGAGCUGACCUGCAAUUCACACGGGGGAACUCCUCCGGCUGCUCUGAUCUGGCAUCGGAAAGGGGAGCCGAUAUCUGAGGUGACCACGCACAGCAACGCCUUGAAGAGCUUGGUCACGGCCGAGGACAACGGGGUCGUAUUCACCUGUUUUGCUCAAUCCAAAGCCGCUUCCUUGCCCGUCCGUAGGUGCGAGGUGAUGGUACUCAAUACACCCCCGACGGGAUCCAUUAACCCCGACCUACACGUUGUAUAUCCAGGAGAUUCAGCGAGUUACACAUGCACAGGCGCCGGUAUCUCGAAGGUCAUACGUUACAGGUGGCUUGUCAAUUCUAUCGAUGUCACGAGGGCGGAGAAUCGUGGCCAGAGAUACGAGGUGCUAGAUAACAACAGGACACUGAGGAUCACCGACGUUCGAAGUUGGGAAGACGGAGCGGUGAUCGCCUGCGAGGUGUCCAUCGCCUCUGGUUUGACAGGCCGCGCCCGGGCUAAGCUCUCGAUCGCUUUACAGCCAGUCACGUCUGCGGCCAACGAGGCUAACCCAGGCGCACUCUUCCCAAUUAAUGAUCGAGUCCCAACUGAGAAUGAUAAGAAGACCGGGCCGACCGGUCUCAAGCCACAGGGAAAUACUGCCACUGCGGGUGUAGUGGCCGGGGCCACUAUGGCGACUGUUGGGAUCAUACUGGCCCUAGUGGCCAUCGCCAUUUUACUCCUUAAAAUCAAGGCCAGCGGCCACUUCAGCAUGGCCAACGCUAACGAAAAGAAAUGCUUUCCAGACAAGCUUGAUUUGUCCACAGGCACCAUCAAAAAGGUCGACGAGUGUCCCAUUUACGCCAAACCCAAUAAAUUGCGCAAAGGCCCGGCGCCUGCACCUCCAGGCGCCGCAGCCGCAGUGCUUGCCGCCUGCGACCUCGCCAUGCAGAAGAAGCAACUCCGGAAGAAUCACCACAGCUACGAGAAGGUGGAAAUUCUCGGCUGUUCAUCACCGGGCCAGACCUACACUUUGCCCGUCAGGCUCCAGGCGCGUGCGCCUACAACUCCGAAAACAAGGCGAUCGGACACCUUAAGGUGCAUCAAGGCGCAGGCGCCCCUGCCGCCAAAUUUGCCACCUCUUCCCCGAUCGCCGUUGCCACCUCUACCCCAGAAGUCGCCACUGCCAACCCCAACGCCCUCUGAUUGGCCUACUGGUGAUUUAGUGUACGCCGAUCUUGACCUUCCCGCCAAAACAGAAACAGUCAACCAAUCACAUCCCUCGUUUGUUGGUGUGGAUUACGCAAUGCUUCAAGGACGUAACUCUGGUAGCAGCGGUGGUUAUGACUGGGGCACCAGUUGAGUGCAUGGAUACCAGUGACAAUACAAACUAAA